UGCGGAUGAUGAUUGCCUUGCCGAGCCGAAGUCUUGAGCGCCCUACGUUUUGUGUUUGCUCUUCUCUGCAGGAAUUGCACUAAAUAGCUUCAGUCAUGGUCAGCUGCCUUCUUCUCCAGUAGAGGGAACUGCUCACCUAAUGAACAGUUGUUUUCCAUCAGUGCCAGAGAUGUUGCAGUGCCUGUGUACUGCUAAGAGCUCCUACAGCAGUUCUCUUACCAUUUAGAUCAGAAGAGCUCAAACACUCCUACACUCGUGUUGAUUCAGAGCAGGCAACGACUAAGGCAUCCAGCCUUUCUUUUAAUCAUUGCUGAUAAAAAAUAACCCGGGAGCAUCUUGUGCCAUGAAUUUAUAUAAGCUACUCAGGACAUAGAAAGUUUUCAUUGAAGCUGGCUGAUGAUUUGGAGAUAAUUAUCUGACAGAUAAACAAUCCUUAUUUUUCCUGCAAAGGAACUACAUCCUUCAUCUAUUAAUUUUUUCUUUUUGUGCUACUUUGUUUUGGUGGAAAUAUUUAUUUUUUAUAUGAAUGUUUCCAAUCAUGAUGGGGAGAAUGGGACUGGUCUUUGCAAUGUUGUGGGGUUGUACUUUAUGUGAAAUGCCAAGCUCGAUGCAUCAGACUGCGCAGGGAACUUUGAAAUUUGGGGAUGUUCCUGCUGUUGUUUAUGAAACACAUGCUUAUUAUGAACCAGGACCUAUAGGAAUCCUGUUUCACAUGGUCCAUGCUUUUCUGUAUGUCGUGCAGCCUAAUCCUUUCCCAAGAGAUCUCAUCACCUCUGUAGCACAGCAGAGAUAUGGAGAUGUUCGACAACAAUAUCAAAAGGCCAUCUAUUAUGAACUUGGAUUCAUUAUAUGUGCAUCUGUGGGCAUACUGUUUAUACUCAUCAUGCCUGUGGUGGGGCUUUUCUUCUGCUUGUGCCGUUGCUGUGACAACUGUGGAGGAGAGAUGCACCAAAGGCAGAAGAAGAAUGCGGAAUGCCAGAGAGGCUGCUUUGUAACAUUUCUGUUUGUUACAUCUGUCAUGAUAUCUGCUGGGGUACUUUGUGCAUAUGUAGCCAAUCAAAACCUAUCUAAUGAACUUAAAGGAGUCCGUCAUCUUGUAAACAGCAACUUCAGAGAUUUGCAUAUGCUGUUAAAUCACACUCCUGCACAAAUUGAGUACAUGGUCAGUCAGUACACUAUAGCCAGGAGCAAAAUUGUUUCUGAUCUGGAUAAUAUAGGUCCUUUGCUUGGGAACAGAAUUCAUGAGCAACUAGCAAAAGAUGUGUUCCCAGCUCUGGAUGGUGCUUUAAACAUGGCAGGAACAAUGAGAGAAACCAAAGAAGCUUUGGAGAAUGUCAAUUCCUCUUUGGAAGUGUUGAGAGAGGCAAACAAGGAUCUCCAGCAGAAGCUGAGCAAUGUACAAGCCAAUUUACGAAACACACUGAAUGACCCAGCCUGCUCAGCGCCAAAUGUCUCCAGAACUUGCACCAGCAUCCGAAACUCAUUGGUUCAGCUAAGCAUUAAUGCAAACUUCAAUGGGCUACCCGAUGUGAAUACACAGCUGUCCAAUGUGAAAAAAGUGCUGAAAACAGAUCUUAGCAAUAUAGUUCAGAAGGGGUAUUCCAUGUUUAAUGACACUCCAAAUAUUGUUAAGAAUCAGACCAAGAGCAUUAUAGCAGCUCUUCCACGUGUCAAGACAAUGCUGGACAGUAUUGGAGCUAAUAUUACUGCACUGACCAAGCAGUACCCUAUUCAGAAUUUACUGGACAAUUUAGCUUUAAAUCUCAGUUAUAGCCAGUCGUACGUUCAAGAUUACUUUGCAUUGAUUGAUCAAUAUGACUUUUACAGGUGGCUGGGAUGCCUUGUGAUGUGCUGCCUGGUAGCUCUAAUCUUGGCCUUCAACUUCCUGGGGAUAUUAUGUGGAUAUUGCGGAUAUGACAAGCAUGCAUCUCCCACCACCCGUGGCUGCAUUUCCAACACAGGGGGUAACCUGCUUAUGGCGGGUGCUGGCUUUAGCUUCAUUUUCUCCUGGCUAUUGAUGUCCAUAGUAGUAAUCACAUUUACAAUUGGAGGGAAUUUUGAAAAGCUAGUCUGUGAGCCUUUUCAUAACAAAGCUUUAUUUAAGGUUAUAGACACACCAUAUCUUAUAAAUCCAGUCUGGAAAAAUUUUCUUCCUGGCUUUCUGUAUCAGGACCCUGAGAUUAACUUAACUUUUGAAAGCCUAUAUAGUGACUGCAAACAGAACAAUGGAGUCUACGGAGCCCUACAGCUGGAGCAUAUUUUCAAUGUCAGCAAAUUUUUAAAUACAAGUAUAUACACCAAGAAUGUUCUUGACAUGCUAGGAAAUAUAAAUGUCAAUAUGAGUGCAGUCAUCCUACUUGAAGAUGCUGGAAGACAAAAUCUGAUUAAUUUUACUCAAACAGGAAUUGGGGACAUUAACUACCCUGCCUACUUGGCAGAGAUUAAUAAAGGCAUAACAAAAGUUGAUCUGUUAUCCUUUGCAAAUGACCUUGAAGCACAAGCUGACCAGCUGGCAAAGGGUGCCCUGGAAAAUGCAUUAAAGGGACAUGCAAGCAACAUCCGAUCAAUUCAUAGCCAGCAAGUCAUCCCAAUGGAACAAGCCAUGAAAUAUGUUCAAGCAAAGAGGACAUUGAGUCAGAAUAUCCAGUUCUUGCAGAGAACAGCCUCAGGCCUCCCAAAUAAAGUGAAUGAUGUUCUCAGUUCCAUAGCUGCAGCACAAUACCUUGUCUCCCAAAAUGCAACUUAUGUCAUCAUUCAGGAAACUGAAAAUUACAUGGAUGUGAUAGUCAGUUACUUUAUACAGUACCUUAACUGGGUCAAGAAUUCACUGUCAUUUGAAGUUGCUACAUGCAAACCGAUUGCUAAUGUUGUUGAUACUGCUGACAUCUUCAUUUGCAACUUUGUUGUUGAUUCACUGAAUACGUUCUGGUUUGGCUUGGGAUGCAGUACAGUGUUUUUAAUUCCUAGUAUUGUAAUUUCAGUAAAGUUAGCCAAAUUCUAUCGCAGAAUGGAUACAGAGGAUGUUUAUGAUGAUUCCUCUGUCUCAGGGACCUGGCACUUUACUUUGUGAUAACCAUUUCUACUGAUUCUACUGCAUUUCCAUUCCAUUUUUCAGUCUUCAGUCUUGCCAUCUUUUUAUAUGCACACUGCACUUUAAAGAAAAUCAAACUUCCUUCCCUGCUAUUUUUUUUUCUCGCACUACUGAUCUUCUUUUUUUUUGCUAAUAAUUUUGAAAAGCAGUAAAUAUGUUUAAGUGUAAAUGGUUUUGCACUAUAAAGUACUGUUGCUGAACCCAUUGCAAAAGUACUAUAUUCUCAGUGUUAAUGUUACAGUGUUAAUAUUUUGCUUUUUUGUAUCUUUAUAGCAAUGAGACUAUUACCAUGAAAACGUAAGAUUUUUUUUCACAUUUUUGCCUAAUUUUGCCAAUGAUAACAUUGUAGAGUCAGUCAUUUUUUUGUAAAUAAUGUUUUUUUUCCCCCCUUACUAACAAAUUUGUAUGCAUAAUUAUUUGGUGCUAAAAUUUGGUGGAGGGAAAAUGUAUGUUGUUUCACUGCAGUAUAAACUAAAUAUAAAUGUAAACUAAAUUAAAAUUAUACUGCUCUGUAUAAAGUCUUCAGAAUUUCUGAUAAAAGUAAUGUAAUUAAUAGAGGACAGCUGUAUUGUAAGUGCUAAAAAUAUUAUCAGUGUUUUCUUUUUUCCUGCUAUUAUUUUUAAGUUAUAGCAUGGAUUCUGUUUUAUUCUCAUAAUGUCUUAGAACUGAAGGUAGAAUAAUACAGAAAUAUCCAUUCCCAUUUUUUUGCCAUGUUUAUUUUAUAACUUUCAAAUUAUGUGGAAUUUGGUAUAAAUGGUUAUCAUAAUGAUCUUUUACAUGGUAUUCAAAAUCUUUUCAUGACCAGCAUCACUUCAUAUGAUACUAUGACUAGAUUUCCUCGAGCUUCUGCCCCGCCAAGACAAGCUGAAUGGUGAGGCUGUUCCAAGUUUUA